AUGGCAAACGAAGCGAGAUCAACCUUGAACCGAGAAACGCGCGGACCGGAGGUGUCGGCCUUGGCCGAUGCUUACUUAGCCGAUCUCGACCUCCCCCAGUACGGCAUGGUCAAAGAAGUCUUCCUUAAAGCAUAUGAGAUGGGAUACCUCGCAGGUUUGGCCAAAGCCUUGAGGCAAGCGAGACAAGUCAGCCGGGAGGGUGACGAGGCGGGCUGUCGCGAGGCCCAGGCCGAGUUCGAGGUAGAGGAGUCGGUGGACGAGAACGAGGAGGACUCUGAAAACGACGAUUGGUCGGGUGACGUCGUGAGUGCGUGGGUUGAGACGAUGUCCCCCGUCAGGCAGCGGAACCCGUUUUUCCGCUACGCGCGGUCGACCAUCCCCCGUGCCCAUCUGGCGGCGCUGGCGGCGGUUGAACCGGGCGAGAUCGCGGAUGUCGAGACUGGCUCCCGCGCGGCGCUCGUUGCGCCGACACCUUCGUCCUCUCCGCCCGCGGCUGCCGUUCGUGAGCUGUCGGACCUCGAGCCUCGCCUCCCCGCGGUGCUCGCAGACGUCAGUGCCGGGGAUAGCGCCGCUGCCGCUGCCGCUACCACCGCCCCCGCCGCCACAACCACAACCACGACCACCGCCGCCACCCCCACGACCGCCCCCGCCGCGACGACGUCCGCGGGCCAGCGGGAUUCCCUCUACGGAAUCCCGCUGGCGUACACGAUCGUGCCGAUCGACGUCCAGGCCCUGCGCAAGAAGGGCCCCACGGUGGCCGAGAACCCGUACCGGGUCGUGAUCGGCCCGGUAAGCGACGCGGCCCGUGAGGCCUGGAAGGGAGACCGGGGAAAGGCCUAUCUCCACAAGAAACUGGGCGGCGACAGGAGGAGUGGCCUCCAUCUGUGCCAGAUGCUGCGUGCCCACGACGGGACGUUUUACGUCCUGGCCAUGUUUGCCAGCCAGCAAUACGCGAGCAAGACGGUGGAGCUAAUGGGACGGGGCUAUCCUUGCGGAGGCUCGAUCAUGUGGGCGUGGACUUGCCCGGAGGAGGAGUGA